UAAAAUAAUGGUAGAAAAUAAAAAAAUGGCAGUGUAACUGAUACGAUAACAGCUGGAGUGGGAGAGGUAUCUUCUCCCAACACGUUUCAAUGGCAAAAUUUUCUGUCUCCCCUCUCUGCUCUCCCCCCUCUCCUCGUCUUCAACUUCACCGGCAACCAUUCUUCACCGUUUCUCAACCCAUCGCUCAUCCCGCUUCUUCCGCAACCGAUUCCAAUUUCACUUUCACUUUCGCCACCACUUCCAAUCUCACUCCCAAAGUCGUCGUCACCAGAGAACGUGGCAAAAACAACAAGCUUAUCAAUGCUCUGGCCAAACAUGAAAUCAGUUGUUUGGAGCUUCCACUCAUUGAGCACCUACGGGGACCUGAUUUUGACAGGCUUCCUCAUGCAUUAAGUGAUAAUGCAUUUGAUUGGAUUAUCAUAACUUCUCCGGAGGCUGGUUCAGUCUUUCUGGAGGCAUGGAAAACUGCUGGAAUGCCCCGCACCAGAAUAGGCGUUGUUGGAUCAGGUACUGCAAGCAUUUUCAAGGAAGCUUUGCUGUCUUCAAACAAAUCGCUUGAUGUUGCCUUUUCACCAUCAAAAGCAACAGGAAAAGUUUUGGCUACAGAGCUUCCCAAAAUCGGAAAUAAAACCACCAUUCUAUAUCCUGCUUCUGCAAAGGCUAGCAAUGAGAUUGAGGAAGGGCUCUCAAGUCGCGGAUUUGAAGUUACUAGGAUGAAUACAUAUACAACGGUACCAGUUCAACAUGUUGACCAGAUGGUUCUAAAGCAAGCACUUGCUGCCCCUGUUGUUACAGUAGCUUCACCAUCUGCAAUUCGGGCCUGGAAGAAUCUCCUUUCAGAUUCUGACUGGAGCAAUUAUGUUGCAUGCAUUGGUGAGACAACUGCUGCAAUGUCAAGAAGAUUAGGCUUCAAAAAUGUGUACCACCCAACACAACCAGGCCUUGAAGGCUGGGUGGAAAGCAUCCUUGAAGCAUUAGGAUCCUAUGAUGAAUUAUUGAGGUAGUUCUCUACCCAUCAUAGCAACCUGAAGGUGUUAAUUUCCAGCUGUUUCUUCAUGUAGAGUAUUUGAUUCAUUUAUUGAGUCGGGGUUGAGGAUGGGUUUACUUUCUCUAUGUUCAGCUGUAUUCUUGAGACUUAUGAGGUUAUCAUGUACCAGUAGUAAAUAAUUCCCAUUGUGUAAAUAUUAUACCUCUAUUUAUUUACUAUCAAUUCAAUUGAGCA